UUUAAUGAAAUUUGAAUGAUAAAUUGUCAUCUUUGUGACUGGUUUGAUUUUACUUUUCACCUGCUUCAUGGGAGUCUUAGUAAUUCUGAGUCUUUUUCAAAUGUCGCCUGAGUCAAGCUUUACAUUCUAAUUGUGUUGAUCCCAGAAAAACCGUCUUACAUGUUUAACUCAGACGCCAACGUGUGAUACAAGGGACUUGGAUGCCUUUCGUGACUCCACAGACCACAGGUGCUUUCCUCAUUUAUUUUUCAGCAGCAAGGUCUCUAAGGACUUUUGAUCUGAUCCUGUUUGCCUCAAAUGAGUCACCAGAGAGAAGGUAUGGAGAGUGUGUCGCCUCCUGGCAGAGUCAGUGUAACCUGAAGACGACAACACAACAAGGACCAGGACCAUCUUACGUUACAAGGAGCCACACCGUUUAAUAUAGCAAUGAGAUCCAUUCAAGCCUUCAGUGCUGUAGUUCUCCUCCUCACUUUGUUCACAAUCUUCUUCUCAUCCUUUCAACUGUCGACCACCUACAGCCACAAGGAUCUACCUCUUAGCUCCCAGGUCCAAGACAGCGAUGUGACAACGCAAUCCUCCAAGCAAGUAAGCUUCACGAAGCCUCAGCCUCAGCCUGUUGAUGUGCUCAAUGUGUCUGUGUCUGAAGACCUCAGAAAGACCAUACCUAAGAAUGGAGCGUACUGGAACCGCCUGCUGUACUCGGCCCUGAGCAUUCUGGACCAGGGGAACCUCCCCCACAGAGGGGACUGGUCCAGCUGCAGGGAGACGAAUCAGGAGCGGCUGCAAACCAAUGUGCACGACCUCGCCUCCUAUCCUGUCUUGUGGCAGGACUUCUUGCAGGGCCUGAACUGCAGCUCCUCUCCAGUCCUCAUCAAUCAGUCCCACAAGUGCAGCUCAAGACAAGAGAAUGGAAACGACCAAACCUUCCUGUUGUUCGCCAUCAAGACGACUCCUGGCAACUUUGAGAGGAGACAGGCGGUGCGGGACACCUGGGGCAAAGAGGGGGUGUAUCAGGGAGGCCUGAGGGUCCGCACAGUGUUCCUCCUGGGUACCCCCCCGCCGGACGCCAUCGACCUCAGCACACUGCUUUCAUUGGAAGCAAAACACUUCGGGGACGUCCUGCAGUGGGAUUUCCAAGAAUCCUUCUUUAACCUGACGCUGAAAGGGAAUAUGUUCCUCCAGUGGACACUAAAAAACUGUCCUCAUGCCUCCUUCGUCUUCAGUGGGGACGAUGAUGUAUUUGUCAACACACCAGCUUUGCUCAGAUACCUGAAGUCUCUGCCGGCUUCUCAAGCAUCUCACUUGUUUGUUGGACACGUCAUAAGGACAGCAAGUCCCCACAGGGACCCGACCAACAAAUACUACAUCCCUCUGAGCUUCUAUGAUGGCCCAUACCCUGCUUAUGCUGGUGGAGGUGGGUUUGUCAUCUCUGGAGGGUUGCUGCAGUCUCUAUAUUCUGUUUCUCAUUUCAUUCCCUUCUUCCCCAUCGAUGAUGUCUACACUGGGAUGUGCGCUAAGGCACUGGGAGUUUCUCCUGAGACACACCCAGGCUUUAGGACCUUUGACGUCAAGGAGCAAGAUCGUGGGAAUUUGUGUGUCCAUAAAGAUCUGAUUAUGAUCCACCAGCGCUCACCAGGGCAGAUGAAGAAGCUAUGGAAGGGCAUUAACAGCCCCCUGUUGACUUGUUGAACUACCGAUGAGCAAAACACGGAGCCAUGCCUUCUAAGUUUCAAGAUUACACAGCACAAGGAAUUGUAUCGUUGAAAUCUUCCAAGGACUUACAAAUCACCACAUAGCUAUUGAAGUUACAUUUUUAACAGGUCAUAAAUAUUUUUGAACUUAAAUUACUAAAGAAGCAUAUUUUAUUUUUGGUGAGUUAUUUGUAAAUAGUGGAAAACAGUCUACAGGGGCCAUUUUCACUCUACCAGCGAGUUUAAAUGACAAAAAUAAACCAAGACAAUUUAAAU